ACGUAAUAUAUCCCAUUAGACGAUACACGAGAAAACCCAGGUUCAUCGGUGCUUGGUCGCGUUCCUACCAAUAUCCACGUGCGCCUCCCUACGCCCACGACAUAAAGCAAAACGAACCACCUCUGCUUGUCCCCACACCUCUUCCCCCACCACUCCUACUCACACCCAUAAAUCCAUGUCCACCCCAGAAAAUGAACUCUACCCGCUCGCGCUUCUCAUGGACGAGUUGAAGCACGAGGAUGUGGCAAACCGCGUGAACGCCAUGUCGAAGAUCGAGACCAUUGCGCGCGCAUUGGGCGCGGAACGCACCAAGACGGAGCUCUUGCCCUUCCUCACUGACGUCACCCAGGACGACGAAGACGAAGUUUUCUCUGUCCUUGCAGAAAAACUCGCCCUCUUCCCCAAGCUUCUUCCGUCGCAGGCGGAUAUCCCUGACCUCCUCCCGGUGUGCGAGAUUCUUGCCUCCAUGGAGGAGCCCAUCGUGCGCGACAACGCGAUUGCCUCGCUCAACACCAUUGCUGAAUCAAUGACGGAUGCCCAGCUCACCUCCAGCUUCGUGGAGAUGCUUGACCGCUUAUCGAACGGUGAUUGGUUUUCCAAUCGUGUGGCAGCCUGUGGCUUGUACAAGAGCGUUCUUUUGAAGCUCGAGCCAACGGAAAUGCGCAAAAACUUGUUAAACUUGUACCUCAAGCUCGUACAGGACGAAGCCCCGAUGGUCAGACGUGCUGCUGCCACCAAUCUCCCCCACUUGAUCGACCUUCUCGCAACGACCCUCAACGGAACCGCCCAGCCAGACCACGUCGACUGGGAAAUCCUCUCUGCAAUGUUCACCUCGCUUACAGGUGAUGACCAGGAUUCGGUAAAGUUCCUCUCCAUUGACGUUUUGAUCGCGAUUUUGGAGUUUUUCACCGCCUCCCACGACGCCUCCCAUGGCGAGGAGUUGCUCGGCUCUGCCGUCAAAUUGAUCGAAGACGAGAGUUGGAGGGUGCGGUAUAUGGCGGCAGACCGCUUUGAGAAGAUUGCGCGCAACUUUGAUGCCGCACAGGUGCGCGCAUUGGUGCCGCACUUUGUCGCGCUUACCAAGGACAACGAGGCGGAGGUUAGAAAGGCCGUGGCUAAGCAAUUGCCGGGCUUUGCUCUGUUGUUGAAAGACCAGGCCCUUAUCAUCAGCGACCUCCUUCCGUUUGUCGAUGAGUUGAGUGACGACCCAGCGGAGGUUGUCCGGUCCGCCUUGGCUUCGGAGAUUGCCGGCUUGGCCCCUAUCCUCGGAAAAGACGCCACCACGACGUAUCUCCUUCCGAUCUACACACAGAUGUUGAAGGACGAGUUCCCGGAGGUUCGUUUGAACAUCAUUUCCAAACUCAAUAUCGUCAAUGGUGUUAUUGGCUCCACCAAGUUGUCCAACGAGUUGUUGCCAUCUAUCAAACAGUUGGCGGACGACAAACAGUGGCGCGUGCGUUUGGCCAUUAUCGAGUACAUUCCGUUGCUCUCCGAACAGUUAGGCGUCCAGUUCUUUGACAAGGAGCUCGGGCUCUUGUGCAUGUCGUGGUUGUGGGACUCGGUCUACUCCAUCAGGGAGGCCGCCGUCAAUAACCUUGAGAAGUUGAGCGAAAUCUUCGGCGCCACGUGGGCCAAGGAAGAGAUCUUGUCGCGCAUCUUGCAUGCGGAUCAGCACGACGCAACCGGCGCGGACGUGCCCAACAUGAACAACUUUGUCUACCGCAUCACCGCGUUGUUCGCGUUGACCAAACUCAUCCCAAAUCUUACCACUGAGAUUGUUGUGGAGGACAUUUUGCCGUUUGUCAACAAGUUGGCCAAGGACCAGGUCCCAAACAUCCGGUUCAACGUGGCCAAGGCGUACUUGGUGAUUGCGCAGAUGUUGACCAAGACCGGAGCGGAGGUUGUUCAGGCGCAGGUCUUGCCGAACUUGGCGGUUUUGGAGGCGGACGCGGAUGUUGAUGUGCGGUUCUUUGCGAACAAGAGUAUUAAUGAGGUGAAGAAGUUGAUUGCUGCUUGAUCGUGACGCUGCCUGUAUUGAGGGGGUUAUUUAUAUCCGCCAAGCUCUCACGGUGGUUCUCUAUCAUGCCACCUGUGCUGACGGCAUCUAUCUUCUCCCUCUAGUUCCGAUUGGUUCUAUAAUGGUCAAUGCUUUUCCUCUCCUGAUCGUUGCUAUAUUCUCCUCUCACCUUAUCCUCUUACCAUGAUUCCCCUUCCUUUCUGUCAUGAUCUCCGUUUAUGUAUUUUCUACUUUUCCU